AUGGCGGCCCUGGACGAGAUCCGCGAGAAGCGCGCCCAGAUCCUCAAGGAGCUCUGCAUCCGCCGCGACUACACACAUGCGCUCCUAGCCACGCCGGCAGCCGUGUGCCGUGCCCGUCGCGCCGUCAAGGACGCCCAGGUCCUUGACUCCUGCACCAUGGUCUUCCGUGACAUCGACCGCGACGCCAUUCAACGGGCCAUCCAGCGCGAGCCCGUCCGCUCCUCUUGGAGGAGCAACAUGGCCAAGAUCGACCCCAUUGCGGCCGUCAAGAAAUAG